AUGCAAGCCCUACGGCGCCUCUCCGCAGCAGCGGUGCUCCUCCUCCACUAUGUACUCGCUCUCCCACAAGCAGGCAUCACCGUGGCUCCGUCACCAGUAGCAUGGGUGACCGUAGAUGCCUCUGGCUCGGCACGAACGAUCACACCGGAGGUGAUCACCACGCAAGGGCAGCUCACAACCGUGUCGGGUGCGCCGUCCGAUCUCCUCUCCACCGCAACUUACACCCUCUCCCCGAACGGCCGGGCAUCCACCUACACCGGCCUGGCGCCCGUCGCCUCCGCAACCGGCACCGGGGACAACCCAGCAGGCGUCUUCCCGGCAUGCGACGCCAACGCCGGCGUCGGAUCCGUCGCGCCGUUCUGCCUCCCCAAAGCAGGCAGCGAACUGCACCCAGGAAAGACCUACUACAUAACCUGGUCCCCUGCCUCCUUCUCCCCACCAACCCUCGAACUAACCCUCCAAGCCCUCUUCGGCGAGUCCAGCGCCCGCCCCAACCUCACCUCCCCCCCAAUCCCCGCCUCAGCAGGCUUCUACGCCUUCCACAUCCCCCCCAACAUCCUCCACACCAACCCACCACCAAAAGACGGCCGCCUCAACCUAACCUUCCAACUCACCCACCCCUCACCCUCCUCCUCCAACACCGCCGCCAACACCCCCAACAACAACACCAACACCACCAACCCCACAUCCCAACAACCCCCCCUAACAACCCACCCCGGCCCAACAGUCUUCAUCACCACACCCUCCUCCUCCUCCUCCUCCUCCUCCUCCUCCUCCUCCUCCUCCUCCUCCUCCGCUCCACCGAACGCAGGGCCGGACAUCGUACCGAUCCUGCUACCGAUCCUGGCAGCGGUGGCGAUCGCGGUCGCGGUAGCGCUCUGUGUGAUCUCAUGGCGCAAGCACGGGCGUAUGCCGCUUGUUGGGGGCGUUGUGGGGAAGAUGGGGAAGUUGACGGAUCGGGCGAGUUGGUCGCCGACGGGACGGGGUGUGGGUGGUGGGAGGAAUGUCUUUCAGGAGGAGGUUGAGCGGCAGGAGCGGUUGCGGUGA